CGUUGGAGGGGCGUGGCCGCGUGGCUGGAAGUCAGGAGCAGGAAUGUCGAGGAGCGAAUGGAUGUACAACAUGGACGACCCGCGGGAUGUUCAAAUUUCCAAGCGAAACGGGAGCACCAGGUCCAUAAUGUCGGCAGGUUCCGCGGUGGCAAUGGAGAUUAAACGGAAGAAAAUACGACACAGCACCCUAUUCCACCAAACAGAGAACACUAACAUACAGGAGAAGCUGGACUUUGAGAUGCGGAUGCGUGAGGGUGCCUACAAGCUGCUCCUCGCCUGUAGCAAGAGGGACCAGGUUCUCAAUGCCUCCAAGAACUUGCAGACCUGCAAUGCCAGGAUCAAGGCUUAUCUCACACAGCUGCAGAAGAAGAAAGAGGAGCAAGACAUGAUGGGGGCAGUCGGGAGUCUUGUGGACCCAGCUUCAGAUGGCCGCAUACCUUGCAAUGGGACAAUUGCAAUGUCUGGGCUGCGACUCCCUUUGAUGUGGAGGGAUUCAGACCACUUUAACAACAGAGGGAGCUCUCGUCGAGUGGCGUUGUUCUGUCUGAUGCAGAUUGGCUCAGAGGUGUUUGACACAGAGAUGAUGGUGGUGGACAGAUCAGUCACUGACGUCUGCUUUGAGGGAGUCACCAUCUUUAAAGAUGUUGGUCCUCAGUUUGAGCUCAAGGUGGAGCUGUGGAGCUGUGCCCUGGAGGAAGAGCUCACAUUAGUCAACACACCAAAGAAGUUUGCCAAGAAGCUCCGCAACUCCCUUGGAAAGACAGCUGGGAAAAAGCUCUGCCCUCUGCUGGAGAGUCAUGACCCUGACACUUUCCUGCAGCACAACCCCAUACCAGUAGGAGCCAAGUACAGCCUGCUGGCUUACACUACACUGUGUCUGCCUGAGGCUGAAGGCAGCUUUCAGUCGCAUUCCCUCAUCGUCCUUCAAAAUGCCGAGUGGUCAUCCUGGCUUCCACUAUAUGGCAACCUCUGCUGCCGGUUGGUGGCCCAGCCGGUCUGCAUGACACAGAGCAUGAUGACUGGCUACCUGAACCAGAAGCAAAGCGUGGAGGGGAUGCACCGCUGCUGCAGUCUGUACUGUGUGUUGAGUGCUGGCGUUUUAUCCUGCUACUUCACACCUGAAGAAAUUGAGGCUAAAGUGCAGCCAACUCUCAACGUUCCCAUCAACAGAGAGACUCGAAUCCGUGUAAUAGAGAAGGAGUCAGCAGGACAGAGAUCCAGGAGUCUGUCCAUCAUGAACCCUUCACCAGAGGGAUCUCAGACCCUCGUCUUCAGCACAGAUACCAGAGAGGAGCUGGAGGACUGGAUGGUCGCCCUGAACCAGCACCUCUAUGAUCAGAGCCAGUGGCUGCACUGCUGCAACCAGCUAAUGAAGAUCGAGGUUGCAUCACCACGGAAACCAUCUCUUUUCCUCACCAAGCAGGCUGACUCGGUUUACAAUGACCUCAGUAUAAAUUCACCUGGCAAAUUUGAGAGCAUCACAGACAUGAUCCACAAUAAAAUCGAGGAGACAGACGGCCACUUUCUCAUUGGUCCUGAGGAGGAGAAAGAUGCACCUAAUUGGUCCACUCUCUUUGACGGGUCCCAUUCAGUGCUAGUGCAGAAGAAUGUUCUGUCAAAGAGCAAGACCUCCACCCCUUGCUCAAGCCCUAACCCAAGUACCAGCUCUACACCCAUCAGCAACAAGAAGCGUCGUGCCCCGCCCCCUCCCCCUGAUAGAAAGGCUUAUGCUCCUCCUACCCGUCCUGCCAGACCUCCCCCGCCUGUUUCUCUUUAUCCUCCUCCUCCUCCUCCUCAAAACCAGGAGAAGGAAAACUCCAGCACUUGCACUUCACGCCCACCUACGAGGUCCAAAACUGGCAGACCGUCUCUGGACGCCAAAUUUUCUGCGAUCAUCCAGCAGCUCCAGAGGAACAACACAGGAGGUACUGGAGCCAUCAGCCGCAAAAAUGCUCCAUUGGGUGUCCUCGAGGUACAACCACAAAGUCAGCCUCUCCAGCAGCUGGAGUACCAGACCAGCGAAGCCAGUGAUGAACACGGCUUCUUUAGACCAAGUCACGGUCCCGGUCCUGUCCCUGCACCUGCACCGAGGAGUAAACUGAGGAAGUCUUUCAGAGAGAGGAUGAACCUGUAAGCCUUUGACCACAUCUAGAUUCAACCAACUAGUCCUACCUUAUAUCAUAACCACUAAAACAAACAAGUGUAACAACACAUAGACUUUAAAAUCUAGUUCCAAUAGAAUUAGAUAUUUGACUUUACCUCAGUAAUAAUGUGCUGAUGUUUCUGGCAUUAGUUGGUUCUAAAAAUUGACGUCAUGAAAUACUGCGUAUAUGCUUCCACUCAUACCUUCUCAUUAGAUAUGAACUGAGAGCCAGGAGAUGGUUAGCUUGGCUUAGCACUGAGAUCUGAAAAAAAUGUGUGAAAGUGCACUUCAGCGCUUUAAGGUUGCAAUUUUUUACAGACUAAACAAGAUAAAUGUGAUUGAUGAGCUGAAGAGAUUAAGCUAACCAUCUCUUGACUGGCUUUAUUUUGGGCUGACAAAUAAGAGUGGUAUCAGUCUACAUAAAUGGAUUUCCCUGUGAUGUUGAAUUAUGUCUCGUAACUAAAGGAUGGUUGGAUGAUUUUAUCACUUAAGAAAAGAUCCUCACUGUCCAUCAUGGCAACUCAAAUCCCAGUUGACACCUCAUGCCACAAUAUCAAUACUACAUUGAUGCACCUCCAGCUCCAUUACUCUCUUAUAAACUUUCUCAUGUGCAGCUAACCCAUAGAUGAAUCUGAGAGCUGAAUGUUGGCUCGAGCUCCACCAUCAUCAAUCCCACUAAAAUGGAAAAGGCUUAUUUCUCAGCUCUGCCACUGGAACAUGGAGCGAAGAAAGAGCCCUUGCAAAAGCACUCAAAUUGGAAUUGAUCCAUUGGCCGACUGUGGACGAGUCAUUCCUUUUGGAACUAUUGACUUAUUCCACUCACUGUGACAAUUUUAUGACCACUAGAGCUGAUUUUAAGGGAACAAGAUUUUAGGAGCAAUUGCAGGCACUAAUGUGACUUCUCCAUUUCCCAGAGGUCUUUAUAAUGAAGUGACCUCGGCUUUCAGUGGCUACACAGUAUGUUCAACAUAAUUUAACACUGCAGCCCAUAACUGCCUGGAGCAUAAUUGAAUGAAUGAGUCUUUUAGUGGCUAAAAUAAUAAAUGGCCUUGUUUUCGUGUUUUAAACUUAUCCAGUACUGGCAACCACGGAAUAUUUUAAACACUUAACAAUCACAUGCUGAAGAAUGGGCCUCUUUAUAACACAGAAAGUGCAAAACAUUUAGAUACUUUCUCUGAAACGGCUUGGCAGGAUGAAGCAAUAUGGAGAAAGCUACAAUCCCAUUUUAUUUUAUCUCACCCUCUAAAUUCCUUUUAAUCAAGAGAGGGGGAUGUACUGUAGAUUUUGGGGGGAGGCGGAUUACAGGAGGAUUUAGUUAAAGCCGUGAAAGACCCGAGAAUGGGUUGUAUAAAGGGAAUGCUGCUUAAUAUGAGGAGUUUUUUUCCUGAAUGUUUCUGUGAACUAACAGUACAGUAGUCACUUUGAUGUUGGACUGUGAAAACCUGAAAAAACAAAGAGAAUUUAAAAAGGCAGGUCUUGCAGCAUUAGAUUGACUGAUGUGGAUUUGUUUACAUAUUAGCCCAAUUACUAUAGUACAGAUUAUUUAUACUCCAUCAAAACUUCGAUCAUUUUCAGCUGGAUAAAGUGUGCAAGAGACAAACAGCAUGUUUAUUAUUUUGGAAGCUAAUCUUAAACAGUAUUUCAGAUUAACUGUAACAACAGUGAAUUUAGUUUCAUGCACCCCUUGGGGGAAAUGUCACUCCUCUGAACAUAAUGUUCUGUGGAGGGCAUGUGAUCUAAAUGUAGCAACCAAACAAAGACUGAACAUUCUCAACUUUGAUCAAAGUAAUGAAACAAUUAGUUUAAUCUGUGUUUUAAAAAUGUCUUUAUAUUUGUCCUCUCCAUUUUAACACUAUAGGACAGCAAUUCCAGGGCCAGCAUUUAUUUGUAGUUUUGUUAAAAAGAAAAUGUCCUCUUUUGAUUUAACAGUAUGAUCCUGUCAUCUCAAUGUUCCUUUUAGCAAAUUAAUUAUUUAGACUUUAGGGGGCACUUUGUUUAUGUACUUGUAAGUAGGACUACAUUAAUCUUGCCCUAGUGCUGAAUAAUUUGUGUAUAGUGCAAUGUGAAAAAUAUCAUAGUUAUUUUUGUUUCUCAAUAAGUGCAAUUCUCCACUCUCUCUUUCUUCACUGUUGUCUUGGAAGCUAACUGUAUUUUUUUAUUCUCGCUGAUCUGCAAUAAAACGGCCUACUUUCUA